AUGUCAUCGAAAACCGCUAGAUUGGGUCUGCAGCUCAUUCAGACCCGACCGCUGUUGAAUGCCUCAAACAAUGUUCUACCAAAAUCACGAUGCAGCCUAUCCACCGCAGCUCUCAUUCCACAGACGCGGUACCGUCUACCAUCGUCGGCACGCCAGGCAGUAGUAGCACAUUCCUCCUCUUCAGCCAUCACGCCGUCAUCCUCCUUCGCUCCGUCAUUGUGCCGCACUCGCAAUGCUUCGACCACAGCCUCCCCUUCGAGCUCGAGCUCGACUCCUUCCCCGAACGCCCUCGACUGGAACACGUUCUUCCGUCUACGCACCUCUCGCCGGCGGUAUGCGCUAGCAUCGUCUAUCAUCACGUCGGCGGCCUCGACGGCUGCCGCAGUGAUUACCUUCUCGGAAGUGCCCGACAUUGCCGACAACAUCACCAAGAUCGUUCCUACGGACCCUUUUAUUAGCAUGGGUUUGGCGACCUUUGGCGCGACGUUCUUGGGAUGGCUCAUUGGUCCCGCAUUUGGCAACGGCAUUUGGCGGUUACUACACCGGAGCCAUCUGCCGGAGUUUACAGUGAAGGAGAAAGCGUUCUUUGAGAGGAUAAAGAAGCAUCGAGUCAACCCAAGUGGAGCAAGCACCAACAACCCAGUGCCCGAUUUCUACGGUGAAAAAGUGAACAGUGUGGCCGGAUACCGUCGUUGGCUGAAGGACCAGAGAGCUUUCAACAGGAAGAGGGGAGGAAACUAUCCUUCAACAGUCUAG